ACAUCUCUGUGGCUGCAAGGCGGCCGCCAAAAGCGAGAGUUCUGAGCUGGCUGCCGAAUGUAAGAGUGCAGGCUACCCCGGGACUUUGAUGCCCUACAGAUGUGACCUGUCAAAUGAGGAGGACAUCCUCUCCAUGUUCUCGGCGGUCCGCUCUCAGCACAGCGGUGUGGACAUCUGUAUCAACAACGCUGGCUUGGCCCGGCCUGACACCCUGCUCUCAGGCAGCACCAGCGGUUGGAAGGACAUGUUCAAUGUGAACGUGCUGGCCCUCAGCAUCUGCACACGGGAAGCCUACCAGUCCAUGAGGGAGCGGAAGGUGGAUGACGGGCACAUCAUUAACAUCAACAGCAUGUCUGGCCACCAAGUGCCACCCCAGUCCGUGGCCCAUUUCUACAGUGCUACCAAGUAUGCCGUCACUGCGCUGACAGAGGGGCUGAGGCAAGAGCUUCGGGAGGCCCAGACCCACAUCCGAGCCACGUGCAUCUCUCCAGGAGUGGUGGAGACACAAUUCGCCUUCAAACUCCAUGACAAGGACCCUGAGAAGGCAGCUGCCACCUAUGAACACAUGAAGUGUCUCAAACCUGAGGAUGUGGCCAAGGCUGUCAUCUAUGUCCUCAGCACCCCGCCACACGUCCAGAUCGGAGACAUCCAGAUGAGGCCCACGGAGCAGGUGACCUAGUUUCCUGUGGGGAGCUCCUCCUUCCCUCCCUGCCCCUCAAGGCUUGGCACCUGCCUCUGGAUUUGGGGUGUUGAUUUCUGGACCCUUGGAUUCCACUUCCUUUCCCCACCCCCAGCAGGGGCUAGAAAACUUGUUUGAGGUUUCAUAUAAUCUUGUCAAAUUGUUUCCACUGAAUUUGAAAAAUGGGCAGAGGGGAGAGGAGGUGGUGUCCCUGAUUGUUUUCCCUGCUGAUUCAUUCUUGGUCUCCGUCUUGGGCUCAUUGGCCUUUGUUUGCUGUCUUUGGUCUCUUCCCUUUGACCUGGGAAAGGGACUGUGGCCAAAAGUGGGGCUUUCCCCUAUCUUCUUGCACCCCACCCCCAUCCCUUCAGGAUGAGGCGGCAGAGGGAAGCCCUCACCUUCCAUCUGAAUGGCUUUCGAGGCUCUGGGCUUCCUCCUUUCCCUGCAUCCCACCCCCUACCCCAUCUAUUCCCCGUCCCAGUUCUCCAGCCCCACUGUGGCUUCUCAGCCCCCGGUGGGGUCCUCACUCCAUUCUAUGGCAGCAGAGUACCAGGGCCUGCCUCCCAUGUGGGUUUCACUGUGAUCAUUAAAAAAGAAAAACUGCGACAACCU